AUGAGCAUUUUCUGAAUGGAUACCUGCAUUACAAACAGACAUCAUCAUCAUCAUCAUCAUAGAUGACAGUCCAUGACCUCCUGAAUCGACUUGAAGAAGAAAGUCAUACUUUAGUACAACUUCUUCAGACAAAGACAGCAGUGAUACGAAUCAGGGGAAUGACAUAUAAACAAUAUGAAACGGUGACAGCUUCUUGCAGAGGCAAAGGUAUAAUACAGCAUCAUCUGGAUGUUAGAUGGAGUGGCUAGGAAAAAAGGAAAAUCUGCAGGCACUAGAUGGAUGGGUUUCUCCUGAGCAGGUACUGUGACUGGCAGAUGUACCUGAUGUGGCACACCCUCUUCUACUGCCAUUUCAUGGCAGCCUUCUUAACCUGCUAUUGGUAGAGUACCUGAUGACAUCAGGUUUGGUGAUGCUGGUCAUUUUGAAAGUCACUCAGACACACCAAAGAAAUGCCUGUUCAGCAGGAAAAGCACAUAGAAAAUAUGCUUUAAAUGCCGAAUUGGCCUUUUGGAUCAGCACUGAUCAAUGUUUUUCAUGGCAUUCAGUAGCGUGUGACAGACUAAUCAAAAACUGAAACUCAAUGAAAAUAUUCCAGUGAUCUGUACAUGAAUGUUUGCAAGUGUGUUAUAUAUAUAUACAUUAUAUUAAUGCGCUUUUAUAAACUUUUCAGCUGGUGACCACUUCAGAAAAAGAAAUGUAGUGGCAUCAAAUGUUUGUUUUUUAUUUUCUUGUUAAUUUGUUGAAGUUUACACUCUUAACGGAAUAUUUGUCUACAGGACUAGGGAAACAAAAACGUAUAGUCUCUGGAGAUAUGCACUCAGUGUUUAUAUAUAGGUCACCGGUCAUUUCACAUCAAGUCAAAUCGCCCCACAAAUGUCCAUUUCGUCCCAACACCGAAAAGUGAAAUCGUCCCAAGCCCAAAAUACGAAUCGAUCACCGAUUAAACAAGUAGCUGUUAACAUCAAAUAUUACCAAAAGUCAUACAUUGUUCGAACAAUAUAGGUAUGCAAGCUCAGAUUUAUUAAACAGAGCCAUGAGAAUGAAUUCAGCCAUCAUUUUGCUAAACAAACAUGGCCGCUUGUUGAUACACAUGCAGAGAACGAAUCUCAUAGUGGCGAAUAAACUUGCUUUUUCUCUUUCAACUUUCGUUUAAAUAAAAGAUGUUAUCGUCAUUUUAUUGUUAACUUGUAUUUUGACGUUUUUUGCCGAUUAUUAUUUCAUGCAGAGACGUCGCUGAUCGAUGCUGGCGCGAUUUGACGGGAGUGAAAAUGACCGCCCCCAUUCAGAACGCUUACCUCUCUCUCCCACGCUCACUUGAAGCGUUUGUUCUAAAAAUCACCUAAGAAAAUAGCAUAUUGAUUUUGUAUUCAUUUCAGGAGGUGUGUUGGCGAUCGCAAAAAAAAAUUUCACAAGAAAAGUCCAAGAAUAAGGGUUAAUUGUGAUUUUAAUCGCCACCAUAUCUGACUGAUUAGCAAUGAGAUGCCAAAACUCAGUUUCAACAAGUUGACAUUACUAAAACAGUAGCAACAUCUAAGUAAUUUUAUCCUUUGAUCAACAUUUUUUUGUAACAAUGUUAAUGAUGCUAUUUCAGAAGCCAAUGACCAUAUCAAAAGGACGGCACGUACAGAACAUAAGAACACAUAUUGUUAUCACUGCUUGAUGUAGCUUAGUAUCCUGUGCAGUGUUUUGUACCUAAAAGUUAUCAAACACAUCAGACGCGUAAAAUGAUAGUAUACUGCCCUUUGCACUACCAGAGACCGGCAGAGUACGUAGAAAGAAUGACAGUAUUUAUUAUCUUCAAAUACUUGUCCCUUUCAGAUUUCUACUGAGCACAUUUACACUGCUUAUGAUGCAGUUGAGAGACUAUAGUAGAGAUAUAGUAGGACAUAAAAGUUGCACAGUUGAUUUCUACCUAAUUGUGUUUUGUGUGUUUUCUGUGUGACAAUAAACUUCUUAAUCUUUUGGUUCUGCCUGUGUAGUAGCCAAUACCAACAACACCAGGAAUUAUGGAUGACAUCAGUGAGAGGGAUCCCUUACUUGGUUCCCAUAAAUCUUCCUCUGGACCUUCUCAUAGUUCUUAUCAGCCAGACAUUGCCCAGUCCCAGUUUGGGGGAUCCAGCAUGUCAGAUGUGCACAUUCCAGUUAUUCUAUCAUGGCAGAAUGUAAAUGUCUUUGUUAAAGAGAAGAAGAAAAAGCAGGCAACGAUGCCAGAGUUGCCACUUAACACUGACAACGGCCGGAAACAGAUAAUCAAAAAUAUAUCUGGUGUGGUGAAAUCAGGCACUCUUGUUGCAAUCAUGGGUGCAAGUGGUGCAGGAAAGUCUACUUUAAUGAAUGUUCUGACCAACCGCAACCUUAGAGAUUAUGAGGUGCAAGGAGAGUCCAUGUCAAUGGUACAGCUGUUGGAAAUGCCAAUUCGCAACAUUUCAGCUUAUGUUCAGCAGGAUGAUUUGUUUAUCACCACUUUGACUGUUCGUGAGACACUCAUUUUCAGGGCUUUGCUGAGGAUGGACAAAAGCAUAAAUAAGCAAGCCCGACUUCGGAGAGUGGAAGAAGUAAUUCAAGAGAUGGGUCUCAUCAAGUGUGCAGAUACUCAGAUAGGCCUGUCAGAGACCAAAAAAGGAAUAUCAGGAGGUGAAAAAAAGAGGCUUUCUUUUGCUUGUGAGAUGCUGACCAAUCCACCUCUGUUAUUUUGUGAUGAACCUACAUCAGGGCUGGAUUCCUUUAUGGCCCAGAACAUUGUACAGACAUUGCAGAACAUGGCUGAAAAAAAGAGGACAAUCCUAUGCACAAUACAUCAGCCAUCUUCUGAAAUCUUUGCCAUGUUUAAUCAGAUUCUUCUGUUGGCUGAAGGUCGCGUUGCAUUCAUGGGUUCCAGCAAGCAAGCUGUUGAAUUUUUUAAUGGGUUGAACUACAUUUGCCCAACAAAUUUUAACCCUGCAGACUUUUACAUCAUGACACUAGCCAUUGUGCCAGGCAGAGAGGAAGAAUGUCGCCAGAAAGUUCAUGCAAUUUGUGAUGCUUUCACGGACACUAAAGAGGCCUACCAAAUCAGAGGGGAUAUCCAAAGAAUUUCAUCACAUGCAACAAGAGAUGAGUUGAUAAACAGUGCCUUUAGCAACACAUCAAGGUAUGAAGCCAGCUGGGUUCGUCAGUUUUUUUGCAUCUUGUGGCGAAGCUGGCUCUCUCUCAUCCGAAAUACAAUGCUCUUUCGUGUGCGUGUGAUACAAACCAUGUUUGUAGCAGUCAUUCUUGGCUUGAUAUAUCUGCGAAUAAAGUAUGACCAGAGAGGUGUCAUGAACAUCAAUGGUGCCAUCUUUCUUUUAAUCACCAAUGCAUCAUUUACCAGUUUGUUUGCUGUUGUUAAUUCAUUCCCAAAUGAGAUGCCCAUAUUUCUGAGAGAGUAUGGGUCAGGCCUCUACAGAACGGAUGUCUAUUACCUCGCCAAAAACUUGGCAGAGCUACCUACAUUUCUUCUUCUUCCUAUGAUUUUGAUAUCUAUUGACUACUGGAUGAUGGGUCUGUAUGAAUCCGGUGAGGCUUUUCUUAUUGCUGCUGGGGUAGUUGUCCUUCUUUCCAAUGUUGCUGUGUCAUUUGGCUAUGUCAUUUCAACCCUGGCUGGAGAUGUCAACAUUGCACUUGCUGUUGCUCCACCACUUUUGAUUCCAUUCAUGAUGUUUGGGGGAUUCUUUCUAAAUAAUGAUUCAGUACCUGUGUACUUCAUCUGGUUAAAAUACCUGUCCUGGUUCAAGUAUGCAAACGAAGUCCUUGCAGUCAACCAGUGGGAAAACGUGAACCAGAUAGAAUGUGACACUAACACAACAGUUCCCUCACCAGCCCCCAACAGGUGCUUGUAUCUCACAGGAAGUGAUGUUCUAAGCUACCUUAGUUUUAAUGCUGAUAAUGACUGGCUGAAUCUUGGACUGUUGUUUGCACUGAUGGCAGCUUUCCGUACGCUGUCCUUCAUCCUCCUCCUUGUUCGAGCACGUAUGUCAAAGUCAUGAGAUGCUGUGAUCUCUUGUAGUAAUGAUCUAAUGUCAGAUUUUUGUUUAUCUACAAUAUCUGCACCCAUUUAUCCCUUUCCAUAUGCAGUUGCACAAAUGAUAUUACAAAGAAGAACCUUCACUGAAACCUGAAUUCUGAUUCUGAACCAUCUCUAUAUUACUUGUAUAACUUAGCUCAGAAUAAAAUGUAUUUAUAUUUUGAGAUGUAUGAGGCACUUUAAUGUUUUCUUCCUGAAACAAGUGUGUAACAUUUUGGAUAAAAUAUCUAUUUUUUUUCUAAGGAUUAGUUUUCAAUUCUGGCAAACUCAGCUGAUAUGUACUUUAUUUGUCUCAAUACUCAUUUACACUGAGCUGUGUGAAUGAAAUAUAAUACAGAAGCCAAUGAAAAAAAUUAAUGAUGUAGGUGAAGUGCGACAAAAAUCCAUGAAUAUUUUGAAUGAAACAGUUACCUAUGCUAUGCCGUGAAUACUAAAAACAAAUUAAUUUAAGGAGUGCUAGGCCAUCCUUUCUGCAGCCUGGAUCUUCUUUUGGACUGAAAUGUUCAAAAGAAAAUAUUUUACUAGAAGCUUUUUAUAAUUGUUUAUAUCCAAUGCACAAAUUCACAAAAUAGCAAUUAAAGUUAUGUUGGUGUGUUUACUCUAUUGCCACUGAUAUCACAGACUAUUAUAUGUAGCUCUGCAUCUUGAGUGUUAUAGUUGUUGUUUUGUUUUUUGUUUUGUUUUGUUUGUUUUUUUUUGGGGGGGGUUGUUUUUCUAAGUGUGUGAGAGAGAGUGAGCAAUUCGAGAGCUGUUUAAAGCAAUAUUGUGCAUCCACUUUCUGCACGAAGUUAUUCACUCAGAAUAUUUUGUUAUCAUAUUGUUUGAUGUUACUAAUAGUGUAGUAGUCAAAAUGUUUCAUGAAAUAUACUCAUUACUUUGUUGUUUGAAGCCUUUUGGGCAUAUUGAUUUACCAUAAAUAUAUACAUGCAGCUUUCAAUAUCUAAUCUUACAAAUUUUGCAUUGCUUUUUUAUUUUAUUUAUUUAUAUUUUUAUCCUGUUAUUUUUCAUCUUUUGUUUAUGGCAAUAAUCAGAUUUGUUAGGCAUAGCUGCUAAUAUCAUUAGCUGGCUUUUAUAUAAGACUUUUAUUUGUAACUAAUAUUGAUGGUCUGUACAUAUUUGGUAUUGCACACAAUGCUUUUUAGCAGCCUGAAGACAAAUUAAAGCAUGUAAUAAAAAUUUUAAUAUAGGUGACAUUUACAAUAAUAUAUUUUGAGAUAUUGCUUAUUAUUUUUUGUCAGUUGUAUGUCUUGAUAAUGCUACAUUAUACGAUGUUUACAUCAUUUCAAUUUUUGUACAACAUUUAUGUCUUUUUAUGCCAAAUUAUGUUGAAGACAGCUAUAAAAAACAAAAGAAGUUACUUUUAUGCUAUCUUUGAGGCCCCUGCAUUUUAUCCACUAGUCAGUGCUAAAAUGUGGUAUUCUAAUGGCGAUGUGUUUGAAAUAAUAAAUAUGUUUCUCAAAUGA